AGGAGGGGGGAGGAGGAAAUAAAAAAAAAAGGAAAAAUAUAUAUAUAUAUAUAUAUAUUUUAGAAAAAUGUCGAAAAAUUUGUUGAGAGUAUGCGUUAUCGUAUUCGCGCCACCGGAUCGUCGUCGAAAGAGGAUGAUCGAUCAUCGUUCUUUCCUCUUCCGACCUUGAGGUUAGAGUUACGAGAAAGAAAGAGAAAAAAUAAAAGGAAAGAGAGAGAGAGAGAGAGAGAGAGAGAGAGAGACUUAUUCAGAAUAGGUUGAACUUUAAAAGAAGACAAUUACUUUCGGUAUAACGUGAAAUAUUAGCAAUGUGAAUUAUUUGCAGUGUUGUUUAUGUGAAUACAUGUGUGUGUGUGUAUGUGUGUUUGUGUAUAUUGAAAUGAUUUUUAAUUAAUUCAUCGAUUAAUGGAAAAUUGUGAGAUUUAAAUGAACGAUCUAUGUGUAAUCAUAUUAAUGUAUAAAGUUUGUAAAACAAAAUUCGAAUUUUAAUAGAGUUCUUGAAAUAAUAAUAAAUAAACAUUAAUUUAAAGUGUAUGUUAAGUGUGUACUGUAAGUGCGUGUCUGCUGUAGUAUAAUCUGUGAAAAUGUGUAUAUUUAUAUAUAUAUACAUACAAUUUUACACAAAUCGAUUAAACAACAAAAAAUCAUUGGAAACGAAUACAAACGAUGCGGUGGAACUGUAACAAGGUGGUUGUAGGUAGAAAUGGAGACCGAAGACGAAAUGGAUGAGGAAUUAUCGGAGGAAGCAAAGGAAAUGGAGGUAAAUCAUAAUAACAAUCUUGAAAAUUUUGAAUCGAUGAAAAUCUCAUCUGUAACAUCGGAAAAAGGAAAUGAUCAGAACGAUCUUUGUGAAAUUAGUUUGCACGUUGAUACAAACAUUGAUAGAGAAGAAUCAAAAUUAUCAUUAAGUACAAGUAUGAAGACUGAAAUAAAGGAAAAUGAGAUCACCAGCAGCAGACUUUGUAGAAGCAAAAGGAUCUCUUGUCAGGACACCAUACACGAAUACGACGAGGAUGAUGGACUCACCAUGAACAGAGUUGGAAGAUACCUUGAAGCUCAUCCAGACCUAGUGGAAAUGUGGUUAUACGAAAAAGCUAGUGUUGAAUUGAGACAACGAUUGCACAUGCCAAUAUUGGAACGUACAACUUCAACUUCUUGUCAAGAUCAGGAAAGUCUUUUGAGUCGUACCAAACGUAACAGUGUCACCUCUGAUCUAUUUCAAACGUGGUUAUCAACCAGUUCACCUGCUAAACGUAGCAGAAGUCCUAGCAGGGCAUCAAUAUCGUUAAUGGGUCGUCGAGAAGAACUCAAUAGACUGGAUGAAAGCGACCUAUUUAUGGAACUCAUAAGGGACGUAGCGAACGAACUGGACAUCAAUGUACUUUGUCAUAAAAUUUUGGUCAAUGUUGGAUUAUUAACUUAUGCUGAUCGUGGUAGUUUAUUUCUUGCUAAAGGACCACUCGAGGAUAGAUAUUUGGUAGCUAAACUAUUCGAUGUUACGCAAGAUACCGAACUCGAGGAAGCUGUGCAACGUGCAAAAAAUGAAGAAAUAAGAAUACCUUUUGGUGUUGGUAUUGCUGGUUAUGUUGCACAAACUAAGGAGAUUAUCAACAUUAAGGAUGCUUACAAGGAUCCACGAUUCAAUAGUACUAUCGACAUGCGUACGGGUUACAAGACAACACUAAUCCUAUCGAUGCCAAUUUGCAAUUAUGAAGGUGAUGUUAUUGGUGUAGCACAGAUAAUCAACAAGACCAAUGGUAGCAACGAAUUUACCGAAAAGGAUGUUGAAGUAUUUAAAAGAUAUUUAACCUUCUGUGGGAUUGGUAUUCAAAAUGCACAACUAUUCGAGUUAUCUGUACAGGAAUAUAGAAGAAAUCAAAUUUUACUCAAUCUAGCGAGGAAUAUAUUUGAAGAACAAAACAAUCUCGAGUGUUUGGUAACGAAAAUUAUGACGGAAGCUAAAGAGUUGCUGAAGUGCGAAAGAUGUGCGGUUUAUUUGCUUGAUCUGGAUUGCGGCGAGGCGGGUCAUCUCGAAAAGAUCGUCGAGCGACCCGGUAAAUCGAUUCAAGAAAACAGAAAACCAUUGUCCAGGAGAGAGAGCAAUAACAUCGAUAUGGAGGAUAUCUUUCAACAGCACAGUUCGAGCGAAAGCAAUAAGUUCACUAUGAUGUUCGAAAUGGAUAACGAAACCCAAGAGGCACGGGUGUAUCGACCAAGUUCCAAUGAUCUUUCCAGUCCAUUGGGUCAAAUAGCGAGAUACGUUGCAGUAACUGGACAAAUUCUCAACAUAGGUGAUGUGGCUAGUUGGUUGAAGAAAGAAGUUGUGGACACUGAGAAGGAACCAACUAAGAGUAUCCUCUGUAUGCCGAUUGCCAAUGGUCAAAGAAUUAUCAUAGGUGUUGCUCAAUUGAUUAACAAGGACAAUGGUACAUCGUUCACCGAUUCAGACGUCUCCAUCUUCGAAGCAUUCGCAAUAUUUUGUGGGCUUGGUAUACACAAUACACAAAUGUACGAGUCAGCUUGCAAACUUAUGGCAAAGCAAAAGGUCGCUUUGGAAUGUCUAAGUUAUCACGCAACAGCCAACAACGAUGAUGCAUUGAAAUUAACCACCGAUACUAUUCCAUCGGCUGAAAAGUUCAAUCUUUACAGCUUCACGUUUACGGAUUUUGAUCUAACUGAUGAGGAUACUUGUAGAGCAACAUUAAGAAUGUUCAAACAGUGCGAUCUCAUUCAAAAGUUUCAUAUACCUUACGACAUUCUUUGUAGAUGGACUUUAAGCGUGAAAAAAAAUUACAGACCAGUGAAGUAUCACAAUUGGCGACACGCAUUAAACGUAGCACAAACUAUGUUUGCUAUGUUGAAGACUGGUAAAAUGGAACAGUUCAUGACUGACCUUGAAAUUCUUGGGCUACUUGUAGCCUGUCUCUGUCAUGAUCUUGAUCAUCGUGGUACGAACAAUGCAUUCCAAACGAAAACGGAAUCCCCACUUGCCAUAUUAUAUUCCACAAGUACUAUGGAACAUCAUCAUUUUGAUCAAUGUGUCAUGAUAUUAAACUCUGACAGUAAUAACAUCUUUCAAAAUCUUUCUAUGGAAGAUUAUAGAAGAGUAAUGAAGGUUGUUGAGAGUGCUAUACUUUCGACGGAUUUAGCCGUUUAUUUUAAGAAAAAGGAUCGUUUCAUGGAGUUGGUUGAUGAGGGUGAAUUUGAUUGGCAGAGUGAAGAAAAAAAGGAAUUGUUAUGUGGAAUGAUGAUGACAGCAUGUGACGUUAGUGCAAUAGCAAAACCAUGGGAGAUUCAACAUCGAGUAGCUAAAUUGGUUGCCGAUGAAUUCUUCGAUCAAGGUGAUUUGGAACGAUUGCAAUUAAAUCAACAACCAGUAGCAAUGAUGGAUCGAGAAAAAAGGGACGAGUUACCACAAAUGCAAGUUGGUUUUAUCGAUGUGAUAUGUAUGCCAUUGUACAAAGUAAUGGCUGAUACAUUUCCAUGGAUUAUGCCACUUUACGAGGGUACCAUGGAAAAUAGAAAACAUUGGCAAGAUUUGGCAGAAAAAGUUGAAAUGGGUUUGACUUGGAUUGAUCGUGAUACGAUCGAAGAACCAGUUGAAGAAUUUGUUUCAUUUGAACCAAAAGACAUUGAGUUCACAUUGCAAACCUUGAACUGUACAAAUCCUGAUAGAAAGGAUCAACAGGUUCAAGAAAAAUCAACAUUGGCUAGAUUUGCAUCGUUGAGAAAAGGUAGUCGUACGUUGAGCAAAGGUGUCAGACAACGUUUGAGUAAAUCACUUUACGUUAAGACUAAUAAUUCUGAGGAAAGUAGUAAAAGUAAAGUAUUGAUUUCUGAAAGAAAAAGUCGUAAUAAACUUUGUCUUCUCAUUUGACGACUGACGUCAACAACUCUUGAGAGUAUACCAGAAUGAUGAUGAUGAUGAUGAUGAUGAUGAUGUCUACAAAAACCUAACCAACCUAAUCCAAAAUCCAAAAACAAAAUACAAAAACAGCAUCGUUUGUUUGAUGAUCAACAAUGUCAGAUCAUCGUUUAACGAUCUAUCAAAAUACAAUACAAUGUGAUUUCGUUUUAUCGAGAUGAACUACUACUACUACUACUACUACUACUACUACUAUUCUACUAUUCUACUUCUACCAAUCGUGAGUUUAAAUGUCACAAUUAAAAUAGAAUAGAGUAACGAGAACGAA